AUGUUAGCUUAUUCGAAAGUGUGUCACAAAAACCCUAACCUUUUAUUGAAAGAUCCUACAAAAAGAAACCUUGUAAGUGGCGAGGAUGGUUUUAUAUGUUCUACAAGCCAAAGAUUCAAUGCUGCAGCAUGUAGGAAGGCCGUUAACACCUUUUCCAUCCUUAAUGAGCAUCUCUUUAGAGUGGUUGAGGGUGUGGCUUUUAAGAAACUAUGUAAAAAAUUACAACCACAAAUGGCUAUCCCUUCAAGGAGGACUAUUGCUAGGGAUUGUUUCCUGCUUUACUUAGAUGAAAAACAACAACGACAAAUUCAUCAUGUCAUAGCAACAAUAACAAUUCAACAUAUUGCACAACAACAACAAACAUCAACAUGUUACAACAACAACAACAACAAUUCAUCAUGUUACAACAACAACAACAACAAUUCAUCAUGUUACAACAACAACAAUUCAUUCUAUUGCACAACAACAACAACAAACAUCAAACUCACCUCAUGGAUCUUCAACACCUGUUUCCGAUCCGAGAAAAACCUCACCAAAACCUACGGUUCAUGGGCUCUAAUCACAGGAGCAACCGACGGAAUCGGAAAAGCCUUAUCCUACCAACUAGCCUACUCUGGUCUCAACCUCAUCCUCGUAAGCAGAAACUCAAAGAAGCUUGAAACAGUUAGAACCGAAAUCAAAGCAAAACACUCUCACGUCCAGAUCAAAACCGUUACAAUCGACUUUUCCGGCGAGGUUUCUGAAGGUCUUAAGGAAAUAGAAGCUUUGGCUAGGGUUUUGGAUCUUGGAGUUGUGAUCAACAAUGUUGGAAUCACUUACCCUAAGGCUAUGUUCUUUCAUGAAGUGGAUGAGGAAAUUUGGAUGAAGAUUGUUAGGGUUAACAUUGAAAGUACAACGAGAAUAACGAGAGCGGUUCUGGGUGGAAUGAUGGAGAGGAAGAAGGGUACAAUCGUAAAUAUUGGAUCCGGUGCUGCGGUGGUUGUGCCUUCGCAUCCUCUCUUUACAAUCUAUGCUGCAACUAAAGCUUAUGUAGAUCAAUUUUCAAGAUGUUUACACAUGGAGUACAAACAAUAUGGAAUUCACGUGCAAUGUCAGGUACCGCUGUAUGUUGCGACGAACAUGGUAUCAAAGGUAGCAUCUAUUGGAAGAGAUUCUUUAUUCAUACCAACACCUGAAGGUUAUGCAAGAGCUGCUAUUCGUAAAAUAGGGUAUGAACCAAGAUGCACACCUUAUUGGGCUCACUCAAUUCAAUGGGCCUUUGCUCGUUUAAUUCCGGACCAACUUCUCGACUAUUGGCGCAUGUCCAUUGGUUUACGACGUAGGAAUCGCAAGGACUAGAGUCUAGAGUGUGUGGUCUAGCGGUGAAACGCUUGGAUUCUGAGAGUAUACUCUUCUGAAGCUCUCAAGUUCAAAAUCCGUUAAAUACAAAUUGCUUAAUAAAAAAUAAUAGUCGAGAUAAUAUAUAUAUUUUCAAUUUAAAUGCAUUUUUAAUCUUUUAAUUUUAAAAUAUCAAGUAAUAUGAGGUCUUAUCUAAUAUAUGUUGAUCAAUUUGGUGUUUGGACUUUGGAGAGUUGAAUGUAUAACCCUCUUCAUACAAGAACUUGGUCCGAAAGACUCCACUUUUUACAUUUU